UAAAAAAAUCAUUGAAUUCGAAAGAGAGGAAAAUAGCUCUUUGCUCGUGACGUCUCUGUGUACCCUGUGGCGACACACGAAAUCAAAAGUUUCCCAGUGAGGAUCAGGAAUGGAAAUAGAGAUUUUAUUUCAGUAUCAAAAAGAAGAAGAUUCCAACAAGUAAACCGCUAAAUAUUGUUUACCACCACAUUUAUGCUUGUUUCGUUUGACUUUAUAAAUCACUUUUGAUUUGUCUAAGACACAAGCACUACGUGCAUAUUACAUUAAAAAACCAUUUACUUCUACGAGGUAUAAAUAAACAAACUAAAAGUAGAUGUACCAAUUAGUGCGUUGAUGACAAUUUAGUUUGCCAUAAAUUAACGCCAAAAGAUUAAUUUGGAAUAAAUAGAUUGUCAACCCUAGGAAUUAUGGCGGUACCCGUCAAACGCAAACGUGGACGACCGCGACUGGAUGAACCAAGGGAAAUUAAAGAUUUUGACAACAAUCUCAUAUUAGAAUUUAAGAAGUGCCCCGCUUUUUAUGACAGGCAACAUCCCCAACAUCGCAAUCGGGAAUACACGGACCGCGUUUGGCAUCGUAUUGCUCAACAACUGAAUGUAUCUACAAAUUUAGUAAAGACUCGAAUGCUGCAGCUUAGAAAUCGCUUUAACCUAGAAAAACGUCGCGUGGAAGCUAUGAAGGAGCAGCAACCUCAAAAUUCGAUAACCUCACAAUGGUCUCUUUAUGAUAGAUUAUCCUUUCUUAGUGAUUAUGUAAAAACUCGUCGUCCAUAUUCUCUGCCAUUAAACAUUAAUACAAAAGCUAAUUCUACGGCUUCAUCUAGCGAUGCUGAUGAAGAUGAUGACAUUGAGGAGGAUGAAGGAGCUAAAACAGAGGAGAGCGCUAUAAAUUCCAAUCAAUUAUUAACAAAUGGUAAUGUUUUUCCACAUGAUAAGCAAAAUGGUGAUCAGUAUUCUACAAAUCAAAAUCAUUUGGCUAGUGGAAGAGCAACACCACAUCUAGUUCAGCGAAGCGUUCAUCACCCGACGGAGGCAAACAAUGGUAUAGGAAACAAAUAUAAAGCAUUUGGGCAGUUUCUGGCUUCAUCGCUUAUAGAGAUGAACGAAAUUCAGGCAUUAGGUUUGGUUGAAAAAUUUACCAUGGAACUUGUAAAAUACCUAAAGGCAGAGGAAAGAAAAAUUGUAACUAAUACAUCUGAAAGAAAUACUGGAGUCGAUGAUGAAAACAGUUUAACGAUUUAUUAAUACUAGCGUACACAAAGGGAGCUUCGCUUUCCUAAUCGAAAUUAAAUUAAUAAUUCAGAUUAUAAAAAUAUGUAUUUAAAAACUAUAACUCAAAUACAGAAACAAACUCACUCUCCUCUCUUUUAUCAAUAA